AUGGCUGAGCUCUGCAGCCAGGCCAUGGUGAGAUAUGGGCAGCUGUCCUCGGAGAAGGAAAAGUGGCAGGCUGUGAAUGCAGUGACCUAUGAUGAUGUGCAUGUGAACUUCACCCCGGAAGAGUGGGCUUUACUGGACCCUUCCCAGAAGAAUCUCUACAAGGAUGUGAUGCUGGAGACCUUCAUGAACCUCACCGCUAUUGGAUGCACUUGGGAAGAUCAAAAUAUUGAAGAGCAUUCUCAAAGUUCUAGAGGACAUGGAAGUCUUCAAGAACAUAAAAGAAUACAUACUGGAGAGAAACCCUAUGAAUGCAGUCAGUGUGGUAAAACUUUUACAUAUAACAGUCAUCUUCAAAGUCAUAACAGAACACAUACUAAAGAAAAACCCUAUGAAUGUAAUCAGUGUGGUAAAGCUUUUACACAUCCCAGAAGUCUUCAAGAACAUAAAAGAAUACACACUGGAGAGAAGCUCUUUGAAUGUAAUCAGUGUGGUAAAGCUUUUACACGUCCCAGCAGUCUUCAAGAACAUAAAAGAAUGCAUACUGGAGAGAAACCCUAUGAAUGCAGUCAGUGUGGUAAAGCUUUUACACGUCCCAGAAGUCUUCAAGAACAUAAAAGAAUACAUACUGGAGAGAAACCCUAUGAAUGGAAUCAGUGUGGUAAAGCUUUUACAUAUAACAGUCAUCUUCAAAGUCAUAACAGAACACAUACUAAAGAAAAACCCUAUGAAUGUAAUCAGUGUGGUAAAGCUUUUACACGUCCCAAUAGUCUUCAAGAACAUAAAAGAAUACACACUGGAGAGAAGCUCUUUGAAUGUAAUCAGUGUGGUAAAGCUUUUACACGUCCCAGCAGUCUUCAAGAACAUAAAAGAAUGCAUACUGGAGAGAAACCCUAUGAAUGCAGUCAGUGUGGUAAAACUUUUACACGUCCCAGAAGUCUUCAAGAACAUAACAGAACACAUACUGGAGAGAAACUCUUUGAAUGUAAUCAGUGUGGUAAAGCUUUUACACGUCCCAGAAGUCUUCAAGAACAUAAAAGAAUACAUACUGGAGAGAAACCCUAUGAAUGGAAUCAGUGUGGUAAAGCUUUUACAUAUAACAGUCAUCUUCAAAGUCAUAACAGAACACAUACUAAAGAAAAACCCUAUGAAUGUAAUCAGUGUGGUAAAGCUUUUACACGUCCCAGCAGUCUUCAAGAACAUAACAGAACACAUACUGGAGAGAAACCCUAUGAAUGGAAUCAGUGUGGUAAAGCUUUUACAUAUAACAGUCAUCUUCAAAGUCAUAACAGAACACAUACUAAAGAAAAACCCUAUGAAUGUAAUCAGUGUGGUAAAGCUUUUACACGUCCCAGCAGUCUUCAAGAACAUAACAGAACACAUACUGGAGAGAAACUCUAUGAAUGCAGUCAGUGUGGUAAAGCUUUUACACGUCCCAGUAGUCUUCAAGAUCAUAAAAGAAUACACACUGGAGAGAAACCCUAUGGAUGCAAUCAGUGUGGUAAAGCUUUUACACGUCCCAGUCAUCUGCAAAGUCAUAACAGAACACAUACUGGAGAG